GGGCACUGUCCUGUCUCACCCUGUUAGAUAGUUGGAGAACACGAAUACCUGUCACGGGCUAACUAGCGGGCACCAGACAGGAGAAGUAGGAUGCCGGCCCUCCCCGGCCACGGCCGGACGGUCUGCGUCACUGGCGCCGGUGGGUUCAUCGCGUCCUGGCUCGUAAAGGGCCUCCUGGAGAAGGGUUACACCGUGCGAGGCACGGUCAGGAACCCUGUUGAUCCUAAGAACGACCACCUGCGGACGCUCGGCGGCGCCGCCGACCGCUUCAUCCUCCUCCGAGCCGACCUGCUGGAUCCCGACAGCCUUGUCGCGGCCUUCUCCGGCUGCGAGGGUGUCUUCCACGCCGCCUCUCCGGUCACCGAUGACCCUGAGAAGAUGAUCGAGCCGGCCAUCCGUGGGACGCGGUAUGUGAUCACAGCAGCUGCCGACACCGGCGUCAAGCGCGUCGUGUUCACGUCGUCCAUCGGCACGGUGUACAUGAACCCCUUCCGCGACCCCAACAAGCCCGUCGAUGACACCUGCUGGAGCGACCUCGACUACUGCAGGAAGACCGAGAACUGGUACUGCUACGCGAAGACGCUGGCGGAGCAGGGCGCAUGGGAGGUGGCGCGGAAGCGCGGCGUGGACCUGAUCGUGGUGAACCCGGUCCUGGUGCUGGGUCCGCUCCUGCAGCCGACGGUGAACGCGAGCACGGAUCACGUGAUGAAGUACCUGACGGGGUCGGCCAAGAUGUACGUGAACGCCGCGCAGGCGUACGUGCACGUCAAGGACGUCGCCGAGGCGCACGUCCGGGUUUACGAGGCGCCGGACGCGCACGGCCGGUACAUCUGCGCCGAGAGCACCCUCCACCGCGGCGAGCUCUGCCGCAUCCUAGCCAAGCUCUUCCCGGAGUACCCCAUACCCACCAAGUGCAAGGACGAGGUGAACCCUCCGGUGAAAGGCUACAAGUUCUCGAACCAGAGGCUCAAGGAUCUCGGGAUGGAGUUCGUGCCGGUGCUGCAGUGCCUCUACGAGACGGUGAAGAGCCUCCAGGAGAAAGGGAUGCUGCCCGUGCUCCCGCCAAAUGACCACGACGAACUCAUCACCUAAUGAUUCCAACAUUCACUACUACAACACAUUAUCAGAGAGCAAGCUGAUUAUAUUAAUUAACCUUUUAUCCAUAUAUGCAUGUACACCUGUGCGCUUUAAUUGGUGCAUGCAUGCGUGAGCCACCGACCGAUCGAUCAGUGCUCUAUGACGUGCACAACAUAUCUGUUUGGAAUAUAUGAGUGUAAUAUAUAUAUAUAUCGUGAGCAAUAAUGGGUGCCUUUAGCUCUAGACAAAUACAGAUCAUAUCAGUGCAAGUGCAAAAUUAGGUGCAAUUAUGAAAGCACCUUUUGUUUCGGUACCACACUGAGAUGAAGCUAUCGAAACAUUCAUGAUGUACAAUUUCUGAAUUUUCCCUUUGUAUACUACUAAAAUUUAAAGUUUGAGUUGCUUC